ACAGAAACCAGUGGACUCUGAUGUCCUUGAAUGCUGUAAAUUAGCUCUGAAGGAAUGGACAACUCCAACAAAAAAACCCACAUGAGUCUUCUGAGAAGCCAGCAAGGGAACUAGAAAACCCAGCUUGAUUUGCAAAAUCUCACCUGACCCAUGCCUGACUCUCUGCUAAUGCAACGCUAAUUUAUGACACCUUUGUACAUCAGAUCCAAGGAUGUUUGUGUUGCUUUACGUCACAAGUUUUGCCAUCUACACAAGUGAACAACCUCUUCAAAGCCAAUUCAAAGGAGAAAAUUACUACACCAGAUACAUCUGUAGCAUCCCUGGUUUGCCAGGCCCUGUGGGUCCCCCUGGAGCCAGUGGAUCCCCAGGGCCACAUGGACGCAUUGGUCUUCCAGGAAGAGAUGGUAGAGAUGGCAGGAAGGGAGAAAAAGGUGAAAAAGGGAGUGCAGGUUUAAGAGGAAAGACUGGGCCAUCAGGACCAGCUGGAGAGAAAGGAGACCAAGGUCAGUCUGGUAAAAAAGGACCUGGAGGAUUGACUGGUGCCAAAGGUGAAGUAGGUCCAGCUGGACCACCUGGACCUAAGGGAGAGAAAGGAGACCGAGGAGAGCCAGGUGCACCAGGGGUCUGUAAGUGUGGAAAGAUAGUGCUGAAAUCCGCCUUUUCUGUUGGCAUCACCACCAGCUACCCAGAGGAAAGAUUACCAAUUGUAUUCAAUAAAGUCCUCUUCAAUGAGGGGGAGCAUUACAACCCUUCCACAGGGAAGUUUAUUUGUGCCAUCCCAGGGAUUUAUUAUUUUUCUUAUGAUAUCACCUUAGCAAACAAGCAUCUUGCAAUUGGGCUGGUUCACAAUGGGAAGUACCGGAUAAAGACAUUUGAUGCAAACACAGGCAACCACGAUGUAGCUUCUGGAUCCACAGUGAUCUACCUUCAGCCAGAAGACGAAGUAUGGCUUGAGAUCUUCUACACUGACCAAAAUGGUCUCUUUUCUGAUCCAACGUGGGCAGACAGUUUGUUUUCUGGAUUUCUCUUGUAUGUUGAUACAGAUUACCUUGACGCUUUAUCAGAUGAAGAUGAGCUCUGAAGCAGAUGAUGUCAAAUGACAUUCAAACUGAACGCCCCAGUACACUUUAUCUAGCUGUGUGGGGGACACAAAGUUGAAAAAAAAUAAUCUGAGAGUUUAUUUUUGCUUUGAUAGGAACUAAAUAUGAGCUCAUAAAGAUCUUUCCAGAAUCUAAGCUGGAUUUUUUACCAAACAGCAGGGAUAUCAAAAGGAACUGUAAUUAACAAAAGACUGCAUCACUCCAGGACUGACUCCUCCUGAAAGUUAUGUUUAAAAUACUAUUUAAACAAAUUUAAGAUACUGUACAUGGGAUUUUAUAUAAAAUAUAUUAAGUUGCAAUGUAGAAUGGAUAUUUUGUAUAUGACAUUAAAGUAAAACUAAACAA